AUAGUGGAGCCUGCCCUGCCAUGCCACGAACCAAGCCCAUGUUCAUCUUCUGCAGCGCAGAUCCCAUGGUGUAUCUAUGGACACAUGCGGAUUCCACCAUCCCCGUCUACAGUAUUUAUUAGAGCCGAUUUCUCUGGACGGCCCUCACCUGCGCAAGCUAGACAGUGACCGUGGGAUCAGAACGGCUGAGCGAUCCCAGCCACUCAGCGCAACUACCUCGAGGCAAGGCGCGCAGACAAUCCAGUUCCAAGCUCCAAGCCUGUAGUAUAACCACCAGUCCACGACUCGCUCCGACGACCCGUAGAGCAGAGCGCGGCACAGAGCCCACCUAACCUAAACCUCGCCGCGCCUGCGAGCACAGACCUCCUCUCCUCUCUCCUCCUAUAAUUAUCCACGUCUCGCAGAGCCCAGCCAGGCAGCCACCCCACAGCUGACACUUGCAAAUCACUCCACCAGAAGCAGAAACCACGCCACCGAGAGACCCGGGGGGUGGACGCACGCGCCCGCCCAGGCGGCAUGGGCGUCUUACGGAGCACGCAGAGCAUGCAGGCGGAGGUGGAGGAGAUGCGCGCCGCGCUCUUCCACGGGGGCGCGGCCGCGGCCGGGUGGCGCCCCUCGGCCGGCGACAGCGACGUCAAGCGCGCGGCCGGCGGCGACGAAGGCGCGGCGGGCCCGCGCACCGUGUGCGUGACCGGCGGCAUAUCCUUCGUCGGCUUCGCCAUCGUCGACCGCCUCCUCCGCCACGGAUACACCGUGCGCCUCGCCCUCGAGACACAAGAGGACCUGGACAAGCUGAGGGAGAUGGAGAUGUUCGGGGAGGACGGCCGGGAUGGGGUUUGGACGGUGAUGGCGAAUGUGAUGGAACCCGAGAGCCUGCACCGGGCGUUCGACGGCUGCACCGGUGUGUUCCACACCUCGGCGUUUGUAGAUCCCGGGGGCAUGUCCGGCUACACGAAACAUAUGGCUAGCUUGGAAGCCCAAGCAGCGGAGCGGGUGAUCGAAGCGUGCGUGAGGACGGAAUCCGUCAGGAAGUGCGUCUUCACCUCGUCCUUGCUGGCCUGCGUGUGGUGGCAGAACCAUCCUAAUGAAAGACGGGGCCCGACCAUCCUGGACGAGAACUGCUGGAGCGACGAGAGCUUCUGCCGCAACAACAAGCUAUGGUUUGCACUUGGGAAGACAGCGGCAGAGAAGGCGGCCUGGAGGGCGGCCCGGGGGAGAGACCUCAAGCUCGUCACCGUCUGCCCCGCGCUGGUCACGGGGCCGGGGUUUCGCCGCCGCAACUCUACGGCAUCCAUCGCGUACCUCAAAGGAUCUGGUGUCAUGCUCGCGGAUGGCGUCCUGGCGACGGCGAACGUGGCGACGGUGGCCGAGGCCCACGUCCGGGUGUACGAGGCGAUGGGCGACAACACGGCCGGCGGCAGGUACAUCUGCUACGACCAUGUGAUCCGGAGAGCCGAGGAGUUCGCCGAGCUGGAGCGGCAGCUCGGGAUCCCGAGAAGAACGGCGGCAACGCAGAGCGUCGACGACGACCGUCCAGCGAGGUUCGAGCUCUGCAAAAGGAAGCUGGGGAGGCUCAUGUCCUCGAGGAGGAGGUGCACGUACGAUGACUAUUACUGCCCUGUUACGUUCCAAUAGGGCGCCAAGACAACGCUGCUGGUGGAUUUGAAGGCAGUUAAUUCUAUUGGGUUCGCGCGGCAGGUGACAAUUCAAUCGAGCACCGACUCCCCUGGGUUGCACAUGCUGCUUGAAGAGGUCAAAACCAGAAUGGGAGGGGGUGGAAAAAGAGUAGUAGUGCUAGUUGAUUGUACAUUGUCCCUGUGGACAAAGAGGAGUAGAGACGUACGCGAGUGCGAUGAUGUAUAUAGGGAUAGUGCGAUCUUGUAGGUUAUUUGACGCAUCAAUAAAGUUGGAUCGAAAUUUCCUUU